CUUGUGUAGACGCAGGAGCCCUGGGAAGCGGCCCCAGGCCCUCGCCUGUGGCUUCUCCCCCAGACGCUCACAGUGGCCUCCAGAAACCUGGUGAGUCUGUCUUACCGCUCCACUUCCUCAUCUUCCCAGUGCAGUACUGUCCUGCCACCAGGUAAUUAAGGACUGUGAGUAUGACACCGUUCCUAUUCAGUCCAGUGUGGUGUUAUGUUCCUGCCCAUCCCCAUCAAUGGUGAGGACCCAGACUGAGUCCAGCACGGCCCCUGGCGUUCCCAGCGGUGGUAGCAGGCAAGGCCCCGUCAUGGACAGCACCACGGCUGAGUCCCGGCCAAACGCCAACUCCUUGCAACAUGCUGCACAGCCGCCACCACCACAGCCUCGGAAGAAACGGCCUGAGGACUUCAAAUUUGGGAAAAUUCUUGGUGAAGGGUCUUUUUCAACAGUUGUCCUGGCCCGAGAACUGGCAACCUCAAGGGAAUAUGCUAUUAAAAUUCUAGAGAAACGUCACAUUAUCAAAGAGAACAAGGUCCCGUAUGUUACCAGAGAGAGAGAUGUGAUGUCGCGCCUGGAUCACCCCUUCUUUGUUAAACUUUACUUCACGUUUCAGGAUGAUGAAAAGCUGUAUUUUGGCCUUAGUUAUGCCAAAAACGGAGAGCUACUUAAAUACAUUCGCAAAAUUGGUUCUUUCGAUGAGACAUGCACCCGAUUUUACACGGCCGAGAUGGUGUCCGCUCUGGAGUACUUGCACGGCAGGGGCGUCGUCCACAGGGACCUGAAACCAGAAAACAUUUUGUUAAAUGAAGAUAUGCACAUCCAGAUCACAGAUUUUGGAACUGCAAAAGUAUUAUCCCCUGAGAGUAAACAAGCCAGGGCCAACUCGUUUGUAGGAACAGCCCAGUAUGUUUCUCCAGAGCUGCUCACAGAGAAAUCGGCCUGUAAAAGUUCAGACCUUUGGGCUCUCGGAUGCAUAAUAUACCAGCUUGUGGCAGGACUGCCACCAUUCCGAGCCGGAAACGAGUAUCUCAUAUUUCAGAAGAUCAUUAAGUUGGAAUAUGACUUUCCUGAGAAAUUCUUCCCUAAGGCAAGAGACCUUGUGGAAAAACUUUUGGUUUUAGAUGCCACAAAGCGAUUAGGCUGUGAAGAAAUGGAAGGAUACGGCCCUCUGAAAGCCCAUCCAUUCUUUGAGUCCAUCACGUGGGAGAAUCUGCACCAUCAGACGCCUCCAAAGCUCACAGCUUACUUACCAGCCAUGUCAGAAGAUGACGAAGACUGCUAUGGAAACUACGACAAUCUCCUGAGCCAGUUUGGCUGCAUGCAGGUGUCAUCGUCAUCCUCCUCCCACUCCCUGUCUGCCUCGGAUGCAGCUCUGCCACAGAGGGCGGGCAGCAACAUCGAGCAGUAUAUCCAUGACCUGGACACUAAUUCUUUUGAACUGGACUUACAGUUUUCUGAAGAUGAGAAGAGGUUAUUAUUGGAGAAGCAGGCCAGUGGAAACCCUUGGGAGACUUGCUUUCUCAAUCCACAGAGCACCACCUAAGUCUAAAGAUGCUAAAAACAAGACACGGACAUAUCAGAGAGUUCUCUGACUCAUGGGAGGGAGGAAUCUACUCCAGAGAAACUGGGCAAAACUGUAAAUAUGAAACAAAAAUAGGACAAUAGCUACCUUUCCUUGGCUUUCUAGAUGCGCCAUUUUGUGUCUGUGAACAGAACGUUUUUGCAUACUAUUAUGGUGCCAGUUAAGUUGCAGCAUCAGUUUGAGACCAAUCAUUCAGUUUUAAAGGUAAAGGAAUUGAAUAUUUUAAACGUACAUGUGAUGAGGUCUUUCAAAGUCAAGCAUUAAAAAGUGCCUGAAGCAUCUUAUAGAGAAGUUAUAUUGUCAAGGCUAGAGAAGUGCACUUGUGAGCUGAGAGACGAAAAAGCCUCGGGCCAUUGACAAGGCUGAGUGCCUGCUGGAUGAAAGUCUGUGAGAGA